GCCCACGUGGGCCCGGCCGCCCCGCCCCGCCGCGCUGACGCCACGCGACUCCGGAGUCCGGGCCUGGGGCUUGGCCGCGCCGCGCGGGAACCCCACACCCCACGCCCCGCCCGCGGGGCCGCCCAGGUCAGGCCGAGGGACGCCCCUCCUCACCCCACCCCGCCCCGAGGGACGAGAUCCCGCCACCGGGUCCGCGGGAGCAGAGUCAACCGCGCUGGGGCAGGCGCGUCCAGGCCACCAAAUGUUCACCAUCCAGCCAGGACUAGCUGAGGGGGGCCAGUUCCCUGGGGGCCCACCGGGAGUAUGUCAGGCAGAGUUCCAACCAGACAGCAACUCUAACUUCAUGGCAAGUGCCAAAGACGCCAAUGAGAAUUGGCAUGGGAUGCCUGGCCAUGUGGAGCCCAUACAGAUGAGUAGCUCCUCUGAGUUGCCCUCUGACAACCAGGCCUUCCAGGACCCCGGACUCCCUAAAGGGGAGGUGCGCAGCCCCCCAGAAGGGGCUGAAAUCCCUAGAGCUAAGCUUGAGAAGCUGGGCGGCGCCAGCGCGAUCCGCUCCCCGCUGGAGGACAACGGCUAUGCCAGCAGCUCUCCAAGCACUGAUGGCUCCAGCAGCAGUCCUGAGCCUGCCUGUGGGACCCCCCGAGGCCUGGGCCCUGCAGAUCCCCUUCUGCCCUCGGUGGCCCGGGCUGUGCAGCAGUUGCAGGCCCAGGAGCGCUACAAAGAGCAGGAGAAGGAGAAGCACCAUGCACACCUAGUGAUGUACCGCCGGCUGACCCUGCUGCAGUGGAUACGGGGUCUGCAGCACCAGCUGGUAGACCAGCAGGCCCGCCUGCAGGAGAGCUUCGACACCAUCCUGGACAACCGGAAGGAGCUGAUCCGCUGUCUCCAACAGAGGGCGGCCCCCUCUGGGCCCCAGGAGCAGGGCUAAGGGGUCCCAUUGCUCCGGAGAGAGGGCUAGCCUGCAGUAUUUAUCUGAGGGUUGUGGCUGAUCCCGUCCCCUGAGAUCUCCCAGGCCGGCUCUCCGCCCUCUCCCCAUGCGUCCUCUCGGACUUAGCUCUGCUAAGGCUAUUGUCCCUGAUGGUGGACUUGCCGUGGGAAGUAUGGUGGCCGCUCUGGCCUGCCGUGGCUUUUUGGCCACAGUUCUGCCAGGGCACCUGGGGCACCUGCUAGAGAAUUAGUGUGAGGGAGGGGAGCCGGGGGUGCUGAUCCACACUGUGGCCGGGAUGGAGGCAGGUGGGAUCAGAGAAGAAGAUAAAGGACUGUCUCACUUGAACUCUGCCUUGGGGCACAUGGGAGAUGGGGAUGGGGGAGAAGAGAGUGCAGAACCCUGUGAAGAAAAGGAGAAAGGGAAUUCUAAAAUAUCACUUUGAAACAAAGCACACUUCUCCACGGCAAAGGAGCUGUUGCAGACCAUAUUGAUUUAAGCUUCUGAUGAAAGUGAUGUGUGCUUAUUCGCUUGCAAGGAAGGGACGAGGUGUUCCAAGACUGCUGCGG